CAUUAGUGAAAUUAAUUCUUCUAUUUGACUAGAAACUUUUGUUUGUUUGGAUUAGAUUAGAACAAAGAUUUGUAUUCACUGAAUUUACUGAAAUAUAAUAUCAUGACUUAAAAUUUAUCAUUAAAAAAAAAAAAAUUCUUAAAAAAUCCUGCACAAAUUAAGGGCAGCCCCUAACAUUCUGCAAGACAUCAGGACCCAAACCACUGAAACUCUGGACCUAACAUUAAACACAUUUCACAGUUUCACAUGGGUUUUGGCCUCACCACCUUCUACCUCAUUUCCUCCUUCCUUUUAUAUCAAUUAUAGUUUCUCUCUUUCUUAACGAAAAAUCCCAUUUUAUUAUUUUUAUUUUUAUGAUUUUAUCCUUAUCUCUUCCUCAAAUUUUCCAGAUUAAAGGGCAAAACAGUCAUUUCUUAUCACCCUCCAUCUUCCCCCAUAUAUAUAUGGAAUCCCUUCCUUUAUACAUUCUUAGCUCACUUCACUAGUUCACUGCACUCAACUUCACAUAAUCAUACACAGUACAGUAGACUAUUAGUAGAGUGAGAAACAAACAUGAAAGUUCUGUUUUGUUAUUGGGCAGUUAUAAUGACCGUUAUUACGGUUAUUAACGCCUGCCCGCCAUCUGACCGGGCAGCGCUUUUGUCUAUCAAAGCUGCCCUUCAUGAACCGUAUUUGGGUAUUUUCAAUUCUUGGACCGGACCGGAUUGCUGUCACGGUUGGUACGGGGUCAGUUGUGACCCAUAUGUUCAUCGUGUUGCCGACAUCAACUUACGUGGUGAAUCCGAAGAUCCAAUUUUUGAGCGGGCUCAUCGAACCGGGUUCAUGACCGGUUCAAUCUCCCCGGCAAUUUGCAACCUAAACCGGCUUAGUAGCCUUACUAUAGCCGAUUGGAAAGGGAUCUCGGGUGAGAUCCCUAAGUGUAUCACCUCGCUACCUUAUCUUCGGACCCUUGACCUAAUUGGGAACCGGAUCACGGGUCGGAUUCCAACUGAUAUAGGCCGGUUGAGGGAGCUUACGGUUCUUAAUCUAGCCGAUAAUAAUCUUACAGGUUCGAUUCCUCCAUCGAUUGUGUAUUUGGGUCGGUUGAUGCACUUGGAUUUAAGAAACAACAAGUUAUCAGGUGAAUUACCAAGUGAAAUGGGUAAGCUUACGAUGAUGAGUCGGGCUUUGCUUAGUGGUAACAUACUAGGUGGGCCUGUUCCCGUUUCAUUAUCCAACAUCUAUCGCCUUUCGGAUUUGGAUCUUUCGCUUAAUCGGUUAUCGGGUCAAAUACCCGAUAUGUUCGAUAAGAUGCCAGUUUUGGCAACAUUGAACCUUGAUGGUAAUAUGAUAUCGGGUCAACUACCAAGAAGUUUGUUGAAUUCGGGUGUGAGUAUAUGUAACUUGAGCCGGAAUGCUUUGGAGGGUCGAAUACCCGAUGUUUUCGGGCCGAGGUCGUAUUUUAUGGUUCUGGAUUUGUCUCAUAACCGGUUUAGUGGGCCAAUACCCAAGUCCAUUUCUUCAGCCUCAUACAUUGGGCAUUUGGACUUGAGUCAUAACCAACUUUGUGGGCCCAUACCUGCAGGAGCUCCAUAUGACCACCUUGAAGCGUCGUCGUUUGUUUACAAUACUUGUCUUUGUGGCAAACCACUUAGCAAAAGAUGUUGAGAGUGAACAAAGUCUCAAGCUAUUUAGUACUUACUUAUCUUGGUCUAUAUAUCCUUGAAAAUAUACUACAAGCAUAUGUUUGUUUGAAUUUAAUCAUGUUAACAUCAUAAAUCUUAUAGUUAGUUUGUUUUUUCUCGUUAUAAGUAAUUGAUAAAUUGUGUGGAAGUGUAACGAAGGUACUAUUUACCUUUUAGAUUUUGAUGUAUGAAGUAUAAAAGUAUUACUAAUAUACAAGAUAUUUUGUUUAUCCAAAGUGUUUGAGGGACAACAAUGUAAUGAGAAUGUUUAUGAAUGUAAUGAAUUGAUGGCAAUACGCCAAUACU